UUAUUUUGUCAACAGCAGUUAUUAACAUUCUAAAAAUUAUUUGCAAUAAUAUAAAAGUGGUCAUUAUUCCAUAACGUCAAUGAUUUCGUGUGUUUAUAUUUACAUCGUUUAUAUUUAUUUAAAAAAAAAUAAUUAAUCCGCUUUUUUUCUUUGGAGUGGCACUCAUGGCACUCCAAAUGUCAAAUUUCAUGGAACUGUCAAUAGAGAUUUAUGUGGAAGUGGGGAGUAAAUAAAAUUAAAAAAGUUACUCGAAAAAUAAACAUUGUGUAAUGUGUUUCCACGAGUAGCCCCAGUGUACAAUAUGAGAUACCGCAAAUAAUUCAUAAAUACCGUGACCCUUUUAUUAAAAUGUAGGAGAACCCAAUUAAUUUUCCAUGCAUAAACUUCACCUCAGACUUCAGAUGGGACAAGUUGUGGGUGUUGUUUGGAAAGUUUGAAGAGAAAUGUGAACUCCUAACUUAAAAAUGAAUAGUUACGUGCAACAUUUAGGCUUAACAGCUUGGCGGAAAAAAUCAGCAUUAUUGAUAGCAAUAGGAUUGCUUUCAAUAAUAAUAUUUGGGUUGCAGUUUUCACGAAUAAGUGAUAAACCGUCUCUAAAGGAAGAUAAUGGAAGUCCUCACAUGAUAGUUGCUGAGCCGUUGAUUCAAAGUAAUGUCAAAUUUGUGGAAAAUAACCAAAAACCAAAUGCAGCAAAGGUUGAGACGGCUGAACCAAAUUUUGGUGAUUUUACAAAUUUAGAACAACCUAGUCGUGACGAAAUUGCACGGAGACGUCCAUCUGUUUCUGCUUUAGAAACAGAACAACAAUUAGGAAUACCCUAUGUUAACCUAAACGUGAAUAAUCCAUACAUUCCCAAAAAACGUAUAGUUCACUUGGAUUUAAAAGGGGCCCCACCUCUAGUCAGUUUUUUAAAGAAGUUUUUCCCUUUGAUACGUAACAUGGGGGCCACGGGAAUUUUAUUAGAAUAUGAGGAUAUGUUCCCUUAUUCAGGAAUCUUGAAAAACAUUUCAGCGCAAAACGCAUACACUCCUGCCCAAAUCACCGAAAUCUUAGACUUAGCUGAGCAAUUCCAACUGGAAGUCAUCCCUCUAGUCCAAACAUUUGGCCACAUGGAGUUUGCUUUGAAACACCUUGAGUUGGCAAAACUGCGCGAAGUCCCAGGAAGUCCYCAGGCUCUAUGCCCCAGCAGGAACAGYUCAUUAGACUUCAUCAGCGAAAUGGUGGACCAAAUAAUGUCACUCCACCCCAAGAUCAAGUAUCUACAUAUCGGCUGUGAUGAAGUUUUCCAAAUGGGUGAAUGUGAAAUUUGUCGAAUGGAACUCCAGGAAACUCUUUUCCUCAAACACGUCCAAAACGUAUCGAAAAUAAUCCGCAAGAAACACCCCAAAUUGCGGCUUAUUAUCUGGGACGACAUGUUGCGCCAUUUAUCCCAGCAAAGCAUGCUUGAUGUGAAUUUAGGGAGCUUGGUUGAGCCCAUGGUGUGGGUGUACGCUGAAGAUGUGUACCGGUUUGUGCAGCCCCCCGUUUGGGACAAAUACGGGGCUGUGUUUAAAACAGCGUGGGCGGCGUCGGCGUUCAAGGGGGCGUUUGGUGAGACUUUAUUCGUACCUGAUUCAAAACGUCAUUUGGAGAAUAAUUUGAGAUGGUUAGAGGUGAUGUCGCAGCAGAAUAAGAUUUUUAAGAGAGGAUUCUCGGGGUUGGUUUUGACGGGUUGGCAACGCUACGACCAUUUUGCCGUUUUGUGUGAGUUAUUACCGGCUGGYAUACCCUCACUGGGUCUUAGUUURGUGGCCACCACUUAYGGUUAUUUCAAUUCGAGUCUCAAAAAUAAGUUUUUGACUAGUUUGACRUGUCCGCAGCAUAAUUCAGGUCGGAAUCUGCCGUUUAUUAAUUUAGACGCAGAUCCAUUUCUUUGGGAUAAGUUGGGACGUUGUAUGUUCCCCGGAAGUCCGUUUUUUAGACUUACUUAUAGAUUACAUACGAUGGAAAGUGAGGUUGAUGAAUAUUUAAAGUCGACGAAGAGRUAUAAAGGUUGGAUGACUGACUAUAAURUUAGACAUAAUUACAGUUUGCCGUUGAGAGUUGAUGAAUUAGUCGGUGAUUUACCAAGAAUUUAUCAUGGAACCACUUCUCUAGUCAGGUCGGCUGUCGAUGCAAUGGUCGAUGUUUUUGAUAAUUAUACAAUAAGUGAAUGGAUCGAACAAAAAAUAUAUCCAUACAUAAUCCAGUUGGAAAAAAUACAAAACCAAAGUAUUGCGUUGAAAAGUGUCAAUCAAUGGCCAGCUAGGCCUUUGCCCCCGUUAAGGGAUUUACAAAGGUUGGGCGUGCCUUUACCUACAAACUAAUUGUUGAAAUUGUGUUCAUUUUGUGUGUUUCAUUUGAUAUUUGAAACUUGAUGGAAAACAAUUUAUAAUACUCAUUAUGUACAAAUUUUAUUGCCACUACUGGCAAAUUUUUUCUAUUCAUUUUGAAAUCCGUGUUUUUUCCGACUUAUAAGAUAAGAAAUCAAACCGCAUAAAUGUAAAUAUAUAUAGUACUUAGUUGAAAUUGUACUUAGAAUUAACAAUUUUUAUUAAAAGUGCAACAGUAAUUAAUUAACAUAAACGCACAUACACAAGACGUAUUUAUAAAACACUUAAACUUCUUGUAGUUUUAUUUAGCGAAAAAGUUUGAUAAUUCUCCAGAUGUUUAAUCGCCGACGAACAAAUGAUAAAAUAAAGGCAAUUUAAUGUACUUCUAGCAUUUUUCUGUCAAAGAAAUCGUUUUGUUUUUUUUUUUUCAACAUAUUUGCUCAUUUGAAACUCAUUGGAUUUUUUUUAAUGAUUUGGUGCCUUCCAUGAUCAUGGCCACUCAUUUUUAUAACAAACACUACGUUAUGGUAAAUUGCGAAACUGCACGAAAGCCAAGUCAAUAAAAUAAAUCUUGAGUCAUUCUUAAUGACGUUAUAUGAGAUUGUAAGGGAURUGUGUAAUUAUGAACCCUAGCCCUGAUUUACCUAAUCGUUAUCUAUUGUUUGAAAUUUUAAGAUGUUAUUUGUUGAAAACACAAUUUUGGUGAUAUUAUUUUAUGUUAAAAUUUUAUAAUAGAUCUGAUGUUGAACGAAUGUUAGUUACGAAAUGAUCAGAAUGUGUAACAGAAAAUAAUAAAGCUUUAGAACGUC